CGACUGUAGCUGUCAUGACGUGUGUGUCCGCCACUCCGCCUCCACCGUACUGGUCUGUUUCCAGUCAUCGACACACAGCUGCUACCGACGAGCCCAACAGCCCGAGCCAACAAGUCACCGACAAACUCAACAUUUAUCCCGCCUGCUAACAGCUCUUUAGUCGGCUAUGAUGAGGUCAUGACCCUUGGUCGGCCAGGCCGUGACAUGAUUGCAGCUUGGCACGGAGAAAAAGACGGAGCAGAGUGAUAGAGAGAGAAGAAUGGGCAGGAGCGCCUGGGGUUGCUGGCAAAGCGUCGUCUCCACUGCAGUGCUCUAUGGCUCUUUGGCCCUGUUUACAUCCAUCCUCCACAAUGUGUUCCUCCUUUAUUACGUGGAGACAUUCGUGUCUAUCUACAAGAUCGAUAAAAUCUCCUUCUGGGUGGGAGAGACAGUGUUUCUUAUAUGGAACAGUCUAAAUGACCCUCUUUUCGGCUGGCUGAGUGAUCGCGCCUUCCUCAGCUCUCCUCAGUCAGGCUCUCAGAUCACAACACCAGAGGUGGUGCUGAAGCGUCUGAAGGCCCUCUCCACAAAUGGCCCUCUCUUCGCUCUGUCCUUCCUCGCCUUCUGGGUGGCGUGGGCCAGACCAGGUCUGCAGUUCCUGCUGUGUCUGUGUCUCUACGAUGGAUUCCUCACGAUGGUGGACCUCCACCACAGCGCCCUGCUGGCUGACCUCGCCGUGUCCGCCACCGAUCGCACGCGCCUCAACUUCCACUGCUCCGUGUUCAGCGCUUUGGGCUCCUUCUCCGUAUUUCUGUCUUACUCUUUCUGGGACAAGGACGAUUUUUACUCCUUCCGUCUCUUCUGUGUGACUCUUGCAGCUUUUUCCAUCUUGGGCUUUUUCUUAGUGUCUCAGUUGCUGCAGCAUCGUUUCCAAAAGGAAGUCCGCUCAAGACAGGAUGAGGCACUGACACUCAAAGAGCUAAGUGUCGGCCACGCCACAGUGAACCAGUCAGAGAAAGCUGUCACCAUUGGACAGUACCUCAGGCAGCUCUCCAAACACAAGAACUUCAUGUGGUUUGUGUCUAUGAACCUUGUUCAGGUGUUUCACUGCCACUUCAACAGCAACUUCUUCCCUCUUUUCCUGGAACAUCUGCUGUCUGACAAUAUUUCUGCCUCGACAGGUUCGAUCUUACUCGGCAUCUCUUACAUUGCCCCCCACCUGAACAACUUGUAUUUCCUGACACUGUGCCAGCGUUACGGGGUUUACCAGGUUAUCCGCUGGCUAUUUAUGCUCAAACUGGGACUUAGUGUGGCUAUGCUGCUGGCAGGGGCUGACCACAUUUAUCUGCUGUGCAUCUUCAUUGCUAGUAACCGGGUGUUUACAGAGGGGACGUGCAAGCUGCUGAAACUGGUUAUCUCGGACCUGGUGGACGAGGACUUUGUGGUCAAUCGACGUCAGCAGGCCACCUCAGCUCUCCUCUUUGGGAUGGUUGCCUUGUUGACCAAACCUGGCCAGACAUUCGCCCCUCUCAUCGGCACCUGGCUGCUCUGUGUUUACACAGGUUAUGAUAUUUUUGAGAGGGAACCCGUGAAGGACUCUCUGGUUUCUGUGCCUGACGUUGCCUCCGGCUCAGGGACUCCGCCUCUCCGCCUGGGCUGCUUCUACAUGUUGGUGUUUGUGCCUAUCACCUGUGCCCUGCUCCAGCUGGCCGCCUGGUCGCGCUUCACGCUCCACGGCCGCAAGCUGCAGGGGAUCAAGACCCUAAGGCAAGGGGCUCAGCACGGCCACCUUAUCGAUGUCAAGGCCAUAUGAAACGAGUAGAGCUGGGUGACGCUGCACACAGACACUUUUAAACGGUUGAUUUUACAGUCCCAAGGUGCAGCUCCGCCUUGUGUGCAACAAUACGAACCACGACACAACAUGUGGCUUUGUGGAAAAUGCACAGUCGGAUGACAAAGGGGAAGAACAUAAAAAAAUCUUUAAAAAAAACAUUAAACCUGCCUUAUUUUUUAUAUUAGAAUAUUGACCUAUAUUUAUAUUUGAACAGAUGACCAAAAGAUUAAGUUGAACCAAUCAAUCUUUGUGGAUGUUAACGGACCAAGGUGACAACUUUUCGUGGUGUGCGCCAAAGAUGGGGUGCCCUCUUGUUUGUAAAGCAUAGCUUUGGUCAAGAAUACAGACCAAAUACCAAUGCUGCUGUGUAAAAUUGUCAUUACCAGCAUGAUUUAGGGGGUUCUGUAUAUAACUUAAAGAAAAUCUGUGUUAUAUGGGAAGCCUAUCAGAGCUGCAGUCAGCAUCCUGUUGCUCGUGCUCCAGUGCUCGUACUUGUUGGCCGUGAGCGUUACUAUCUGCAGUGCUCUGAUGUUUUAUUUGGAUCAUUGGCUCCAUGUUUGCAGGUUACAUUAUCAGCUGAUGUUACGAGCAGCCAUGUAGAAGAGCUAAGUUACAGCUAGCUGGCUAACAUUUGAUCAGGCUCUGAUUAGCUCAUUGGCCGCCAAAGCAUAAAUCUUGGCUAUUAGAAGGAACUUUCUAUCUAUCUUCAUUUGCUAAAAUAACACAGUUUGUCAUAUUAAAUAAGUGAAGGACUGCACUUAAUUUAUCAGAGAUGGAGGUGACUUGGGUGUGUGUUUUUUAUUUUUUUUUUUAAUCUUGACUAUACCCGAAGCUACAAAUGUUUUUCCUUUAGCCUUCCUCCAUCACAAAUAGGUAUAUAUUAUUUUUUUAUAUUCACAGCAAAUGUAGUUAUGAAGCCAAUGCAUCAAGCAAACAACACUGGAAUAAAAAGUUAUUACUAAAAUAAAUCCUCUUUAAAAAUUCUGUGUUAAAGGACCAUUGGAAAUUUGAAAUUUUACAUGCAGCUUCUGGAUAGGAUAAUGUUAAAGGUAUUUGACAUUAAUAUGAAAUACAACCAUUUUAAGUUGUCCCACCAGUGCCUUAAACCUUAUUUGGCUACCUCCCCCAUUUUGCACCACUCCCUCCCCCUCCAAAAGUAAAGAACGGUCCCUUAGUAUCGUGUAUCAGGGUAGCCGGGGAAUUAAUCUAGAGUUCUAUAAAAUCCACUUAGACAGUAUUUUGCUAGCAAUAUCAUUACCAAGCAAGCAAAGGUUAGCCAGCUAGUUGCACUGAUCUGGUGUUGGUUGCUUCGUAACAUUAGCUGAUAAAGUAAUUUGCUGAUAAAAUAAAGAUAGCAAAUGUACCAACAAGAUCAUCCCUGGAGUAUGUAUGAAUUAAAUAUUUAUCAGCCAGCAGAGCAUUUUGCCAUGUUAGCCAGCUGGCAGUUUGUCCAUGUAAGCAAGCAAGUUAACGUUUAGUGACAUCAGGCAGCUAAAACCCAUAAUGUCACAAUAAAUUUAACAUAUCAGCGCUUCCUCUAACGCUAGGAUUUCUUUUCAGCUCAGAGGGGCACUACAAAGGUGAUACGGGGCGCCCAAUUUGAGGGAUUUUCCGUUUACAAAUGACACAAGAAUUGGCUCGCUAGCAUCACAAAGCAAAUUCAGCCAGUGCAAACCGCGGUCCACAGGCUGUUACAGGAAACUGAGAAAGUCGGGCAAUGUAAACCGGUUCACCCAUUCGCAAUAAAAUACGAUAAAAAUUACGCAGAGGAACUUUAAAAACCAGGAGGGCGGGUUAAUCACAAAGCUACAGUGCUGAUUUCUAAUGUUAAUAACACGAUGAAGAACAUGAAUUAAACGUGCAUUGAUGUGUUCAGAGUGCUGUUAAAACUGCAUGGAGUCGUCUUCAGAGCUGAUUAACUGUUUUACUGUUUUACAUUUUCACAGAAUGCCAGUUUGAUGUUGAGAGCCGUAUUUUCUGAUACAUACAGUAUUGAUGAUGUUUUUGCACAAAACUGCCAUUUGUCUGUUGUACUUCUAACAUUCUGAUUGUGACAUAUAUUUAUGUACUGUAAUUAUGACAGUUGGAAUUAGGAAAUAAUGCUGGUAACCAUGUUAUCGGUUCACUUUUGUAAUUUUCCAGAUUAUACAAAGAAUGUGUGGCUUUACCACAAAUAAAUCUCAUCUGUGUUAAAGGUGAACCAAACUCUG